CUUGGUUCUCCACUAUCCCACUCCACAAUGAAGGUCGCCAUUAAAGAAUGGAAUGCCGUUGCUACUUGGCACUGGAAUAUUCCAGAAGAUGAAGUGUGUGGCAUCUGUCGUGUUCAGUUCGAUGGCACUUGCCCAACCUGCAAAUUCCCCGGCGACGACUGCGCGCUCGUGCAAGGAAGAUGCAACCACGCGUUUCAUAUGCAUUGCUUAAUGACCUGGAUUGACCUGGAGUCUUCCAAGGGACUAUGUCCAAUGUGCCGACAAAAAUUCGAAUGGAAGGACAAGGAAUAACGGCCUAAUUUGUGUUUUUUGGUUCUCAUCAAUGGUUAUCAAGGCGUUGUCGGACGAGUUCUAGAUACCCCUUUGUGUUUUAAUUGGGCAUGCAAACUUGGAUUGGAAGAUUUGUUGAGUGCUCAGUGUCAACUGAGCAUCAAAUUAAUGCCAUGCUUGGAGCGACUUUUCAAUCAACAAGAUUGGAUCCCCGUUUAUACUUCAUUUUUACAAGUCAAG